AUGGACACAGCCUCCACCCCUCCCCCUCCGCCCACCGCCGUCCCUUUCACCGUCGAACCCAACAAUCACGUCUCGUCCCCGAACCCUAACCCCAAGCACCCGCCAUAUGAAGAGAUGAUAUACACGGCGAUUGGGGCUCUGAAGGAGAAAGAUGGGUCGAGCAAGCGCGCCAUAGGAAAGUACAUAGAGCAAGUGUACAAGGACCUUCCAUCCACUCACUCUGCACUUUUGACUCACCACCUCAACCGUUUGAGAUCAGUUAACCUUCUCGUCAUGGUAAAAAAAUCCUACAAGCUUCCUGGAUCUGAUCCUCUUCCUGCAUCCCCUCCCUCUCAAGCCCAAAAGAGCCGUGGAAGGCCUCCCAAGCCCAAACCCCUGCCCACCACCGAGCCUGUCUGGGCUUCACUCGGCUUAUCGGAUGACCCUGCCGCCCUAUCCGCCGGAGACACUGCCUCUCAAUCGGCCAAAAGAGGUCCGGGUCGUCCCAAAAAGAUCGUGGCUGUGAGCUCGGGCCUGCCAGUCCCGGUUCGAAGAGGCCGCCCACCUGGUUCCGUCGGGAUUGCUAAGUUGGCCAAGAGGGCUGGACGUCCCCCAAAGCCCAGAUCCGUGUCAGCUAUCUCCAGUGGGCUCAAACGACGGGGCCGUCCGCCUAAAGCUCAAUCCAACCUCGCCAUCAUCCCCUUUGCGGCCCCGGUUGGUCCUGACCAGCCCUCGGUGCAGCCCAUCAUUCCUGCUGCUUCUGUGCCCAAUGGGUCUCCCAGGCCCAGAGGGCGCCCCAGAAAGAUUGUUACUACUGGUGGUGCUCCACCUCUCUCAGCCCGUGGCCGGGGACGGCCACGUGGGGUCUUGCCUUUGAUUAGGGCGGGUCGCCUCCAGAAACUCGCCGUUGGAAGGGCCAAGAAUCCUGCAAGGAGGCCCGUGGGCCGCCCAAAGGGAUCGACGGCUGCUGCAAUAACUGCACAAAAGGCUGAUAAUGAAGAUCUGAGGAAGAAGCUUGAACACUUUCAAACCAAAGUGAAGGAGUCUCUUGGCACGCUUAAGCCCUACUUCAACCAUGAAAGCCCAGUCACUGCAAUUGCAGCAAUUCAAGAGCUAGAAGUGCUUUCAACUUUGGACCUUAAAGCACCAUUGAGAGAUGAGACUCAGCAACAGCCAGAACCACUUCCGCAGACACAGGUGUAUGAACAGCAAUAUCCCCCCCAGGUGUCGCAACAGCCACUGCUGCAGCAAUUUUUUCAACAACAUUCAUGA